AUGUUCAUCUAUAACGGCAAACUCAGCUGGUUUCACUGGGUAGAAAAGGAGGAUUUCACCAUCGUGGUUCCCGCUGGUUUUACACCGAAGGAUCCCAUUUGUGCAUACUGGCAGUGCCUGCCGCGUCACAGUGAUUUCGGCAUGAUUGACAAUAUCAUCAACACAGUCGCCGACGAAUACAAAUUCAGUUGCUCAUUCGGCUACUACAGCUUCAACGCUGUGGUCUCUCGUGACUUCGGAACCCUCAGUAUAACGAUGCGAAACCCUAAAAACGAUCGGUCUGGUCCUCACACUUUGAUACUUCAAUACAGCGACACGUCUCGAAUCCCUUCCACCGUCGUCUACACCGGUAAACUCGACUGGCUCCACGAAGCUGUAAACAAAAUGAUCACCCUCGUCGUAUCCUCAGGUGUCUCU